AUGGCCGGUGUAAUUUUGGUUGAGCGGAGGCGUGCCGCUAUUGUCCAACUCUUGAAACCUGGAAAGCCGCCCAAGCAGUUAGAACCGCACCGACCCACCAGCCCCACCCCCAUUGUCAGUGAGGUUGCUGAGAACAUGAUACCGACUGAAGGGGCUGCUUUGGGUAUGGAUGCCGCGUCCCCACCAGCACGCGAGCCACAGUGUACGCACCGCGGCGGUGUAGCUGCCCCACGUGGCUCACAAAGCGGGGCGCAACGGAGACGGUUAAUUCCCCGCGCGCCGCUGCAAGACCUACGGUGA